UGUAAUUGGGCACGGUACCUAGGUAGCUGAUGGAAAGAGCAGGUAAGCCAAGGUGGUCCGGAUCCAGAGUUGCUCCUUCCCCCUUCCCCAGUAACCCCCUACCCUACCUUAUUCCAUUCCCCACUCCCCUCUGGGAAAGCCCCACUUCCGUCGACGCCGCUUCCCUCCGCCAAGAGCUCCGCCAAGGUCAUCGUCACCCGAGAACCACCACUCAACCGGACCGUCCCCAUCUCUUCUCUAAAUGCUCGGAAACGGUUCCAACUCCGUCUCCCCCCCCCCAAGAUAUUCAUCGAAAAAAAAAAGGCCAAGAAGCCAAGGGGCUUAGCACCCUGGCGUAAACAGCCGUCUUUGCACACCAUUUUUCCAUUCGACCCAUCAGCCAAGUUGCGAUUCCAUGCAUACCGUCUCUUGGUAGCAGCAUCCGUAUCCAAUCAUGCAGCCUGCAGUCGAGCACUAUGACAGAAUGCCUUUGAUUCCCACCGCCCUGCGCACUUGGACUCCCCUUCGUGUUACCAACGGAUUUGGUCCACGCGAGAGUGGGUAACGGAGAAUAGCUCGCUGCUUUUGC